AUGGACCAACCUCAACAUGAUUCAGUGGAAUCUCAUUUAGUUUCUUCAUCUCAUGAUCCAUCUAGUACUAAGAAUACUAACAACAACAAUAACAAUCCCAAUAAUCAUCAGAAGAAUGUGAAUUCAGUCAAUUCUAAUAACAUUAACAAUCAAACCACCACUCAUCAACCUAGACUUAAUAAUAAUACUUCAACUCAAUCUACUUCAAAUAACACUACUCAUGAUCAUUCACUCUCAAUCGAUCAUCAUCAUCAUCAUCUUCAUCUUCAUCAUUCACCUAGACCUACAAAACGAAAAUUAAUAUUACUGGAACCUAUCGAUUCAAAUCAACUCAAUGUCAUCAAUAACAAAAACAAUCCUAUCAAUUCGACUACCCUGACAACUAACCAACAUCAUCAUCAUCAUCAUCAUCACAAUCUAAUCAAAACCCCUAUCUUACAACAACAACCACAACAACAACAACACUCAUGUCAAUGUGAUCAAUCUAAUCCCAACUCCUUACUUUCUUCGAAUUCUUCAUUACCCUCUCCCACUAAUAAUACUAACCCUAUCACCAACACCCCUCUUCCUUUCCUUUCAUCAAGUUUACCCCUUCUCCAUCAUCCAAGCCCUCCUCAUCCUCACUCACAUACCCUACUUCCACUCUCAGCCCCACCCACUCGAUCUCACUUUGAUCAACAAUCCAUCAAAUCUGCAAGUCUUCAUCGACAUCGAUUCCUUUCUCGCUCUCGACUUAAAUCUCUCAAUCAUCAUCAUCAUCAUCCCUCUCCUGUAUGCUCCUCUUUACCUGCUUCUCGCACUCAACCAGAUCAACAAUUGCCCAACAAACGCCCCUGUAAUCAUCAUCCUUCGCUCAUCAUCAAUUCUUCAGCCUCUCGACCUAUCCUUCAUCUACCAACUAUCAUCAACUCAGCUCCUUUGCCCCGAAUGCGCAAAUUAACUGAUGCUUCACGUCCCACCCAAAUGCUCUCGCUGGCUCCACACAAAACAUUUCGAGCCACUUCUCUACCUCCAUCCUCACCCACCAAGAAAAGAAGAAAGGAUGACGACGUGGUCAACACCAGAUUGAGCUCCAAAGCCAAUCUACGGGCUUCUGCUCAUAAAUCUUCUCGAGCCGCUCGCUUUCGUCAUUCGCGCCCAAAACCAACAAGUCCUGCCGUUGAUCAUCGUACCUCUUCAUUCACCACUCCUCCAAAACCCUCGGCCGAUACCUUCACCCCCAUCUUGGCUCCUGGCUCGAUCCCUACGACAGACAAGAGCAAGAUACAUCCUCUCCUCCUCAAUCAUGCGGCUACGACACGACCCAUCUUCAAAUCGACUGUUCCUUUUCUUCCUUCUACUAAUGCUAAUUUACCAGUUGUUUACCGAUCUCGUUCGGCUCAAGAAUUCAGCCUUCCUAUCCAACCCACUGCUCCAGUCUACGUCCAACUGAUUGCUCGACAUGCUCUGGAUCUUCCUCGAAUCAAUUCAAUAUCCGCAUCUUCUAAAACCAACUCUUCAUACCCACGUUCAUCCAAGCGCACCUCGGGUUACUCUAUCGAUUCUUCUAGCCUCGGAACUGCCCCGGAGAUCAACUUACCCUCCUGGAUACCCCCUAUCACUCGGUCAUCGAUGGCUGAGCUCGAGUUUGUGGAAGUUUUGAAGAAUGCUCAACUUCGUCAUGAUAUCGUGUUCGAUGAUGUACUUCGAUUUCGUCCCAACUUGGAUGGUGAUAGAGGGCAGCGUAAGCGUCUGGUUGCCGAUCGAUAUUGGAUCGCGAUUGCUCGGGAACUAGAGGCCAAUUGUCGUUGUGCAGCCUUUGUUCAACGCUUUCCUGACCGACGUCCAAUUUCUACUGCACCCGAUCCUCGGCAAGUACUCGGAUGCGUUUGUUCAGGAGGUCAGUUUAACGAAGCCUCAUCGGAACCAAACAUCAAACCUGGCACAAUCCCCUUGGAUCGAAUUCCUUCAAGAAUCCCACCUUUGGUUGAAGAAUUGAGGAAUAUCCUACUUUCACUCGUCGUACCUCGGUCACAAGCUUUGUGCCCAAACAAAAAUACAGAUCCUAGCCCCUCUUCUUCAGCUCAUGAUGUGAUUUGUUCAACCCUCGAUCCAAUUGAAAUCAGUCAAAAACUUGAAAAAGGUCGUAGGAUCGAUAUGCCUGCUUUAGCUAGGUUCUUAGGUUUGGUGCUUAAAGGACACUGUGCACCCAUGAGAGAUAAUAUUGUGGACGGAAUGGUCUCUCUAAUCUCUGGGGAGGCCAAAGACUUUACUCUUGAGCCUGACCUACAGAAUUCAGCACAUGAUAGUCUUCAAAAGAGCUCUUACGCUGGUUUGGCUGGUGGUCUGCGAAUGUCGUUUGAGUUAUUAGAACUAAUGAAGCUGGAUAUUGCGAAUCAUCAACUACGCACACUUCGACCUGUGCUACUUGAAACCGCUCUUGAGUUCGAGAUCCGACACUUCCGUGAUCAGUUGAUCAAGCGACCUUCGAUCGACCGUACCAAGCGUUGGUACUCAGAAGCGGUGGCCCGAGUUCAAGGCAGUUCAGGAUUAUCUAAUCUCUUACCCGCAGAGCAGAUUUCCAGAGCUGUGCAAGAUGGUCUGCUUGACUUUCCAUUCUCAUCCGCUUCUCCUCCUUCGGAUUCAGCCCUGACGCCUUCACCAUCACCAAGUUUCGUUCCCGAGACCUUCAGUAUGGAUACCAUACGCCUUCAGACACUUCAUUCGGACUUGACCGACUUGACGAUUGCAUAUCUGAUCAUUAUGCUUUUCAAGCAACUCGUUGGGCAUUCAAAGCUCAAGGAAGGAGAUGUGGAAACUCUGAAGUCAGAAUUAUGGGUGUUGAUGUCUGAGCCUGGUCUGAAAGUGAAGGGUAAGCCAGGCAUCGGAUUGAAGAAGAUUGAGUCAAAAUCAUGGAGAGCUGGAUUCGAGAGUGUACUUCUACACAUUGGAUCAAGAAUCGAAAGCCUCAGAAAUGGAGAAGGUGGGAGUAAAGGAGAAAUGAGAGCGGCAGUACCUGGGAAGGAAUUGAUGAAAGUGAUUCAGAAUUGGAUGGAUCAACAUCUUCGACUUCAAUCUACCUUAUUUGCAAUUACGAUUCGUAGAUUGAGAGAAACGGUUGAGUUUGUGAUCAAUGAAGAAAGUGAAGCAGCCGAACGAAACCCAUCAUCAAAUAUUCCGACUUGUUUAAGGACUGGACGAUCAUUGAAUUCUAUUUCAACACAUCAUCAAGAUAAACAAGAAGAGAUUGAAGAGGCUAAUAGAUUGAAACACAAGAAGGGAAGUGAUGGAGGAGUGGAGAUUUGGAAAAAGAGUGGAUUGGUCGAACUUGAAUAUGAGAUUAGGGUGGUUGGAAACCGAUUGAAGAAAUUGUUAAAAUAUCAUCUUAGAGGGUAUGGUGGACUUUAUGCUCAUUUAUCUAAUCUUACUACUACUGCUACACCCACUACUACUACUACAACUACUACAACUACUGUUUCUUGA